CUAUAGGUAUCCUUUCAACGGCCUAUCCUGGGCUUUGAAAAUACACACUGCGACUGGAGCUCAGCGCUCACUGGUACUCAGUGGUGAUUCGGAGGUUCAACAUCUAGUCAUCCUUCCUUUUUUCCCUUCGUCUUUUCACAUCUUCCUUGAGUCACCUCUACUCUUCACAUAUGUAUAUGAGGGCUGAUGGCGCAGCUUCUCAUUGACUUCUUCCGACAGCCUUGACGACCGCGGCGCCGAUGAGCGCGUUAUAAAAAAAAAGCACGGCGAUUAUAAUCCGCAGUUGCUUGUCAUCUUUCCCUACCGUCAUGUGGAAAAUGAAGCCUAGCAUUGCGCUGUCUGUCCACUUCACUGUUCUGCUACUCACACUGUCAUCUAGAGGUAGCUCCCCUGCGGGCAAGGAAACCUUCAGCUGGGUCACCCUUCCUGCAACCGCCAACCUGACCUGGACUCCGUGCUUUGACACCUUCCAAUGCACCAAGCUCGCUCUUCCUCUGCAAUAUUCGGAUCCAGAAGCUGGCGAGGCGCAGAUUGCUCUAAUCAUGUCCCCAUCGAACUACUCUUCAAAUGAUCCAAACUACCUAGGAUCAGUUCUGUUUAAUCCUGGUGGGCCGGGUGGCUCUGGGGUCAGCUUUGUCCAAGAGUUAGGUCCCUACUUUCGCGCAGUGAUAGGCCCUCAGUAUGAUCUCAUCGGUUUUGAUCCUCGCGGGAUCGGACAAAGCACGCCGGUGCUGUCGCUCUUCAAGUCCCCGCCGGAAGCUUUGGAGUUCUACUCUACCUACCCGCAGAAUGUGAACGAAUCUAUAUCGUCAUUCGGCCGCUUUUAUGCCCAGGCCAACAUUCUUGGGAAGCUCGCGGUAGACAGAUACCCGACCAUCGCAGAGUCUGUGUCAACCGCAGCCGUCGCAACCGAUAUGCUCAACAUCGCCAAGGCGCUUGGACAAGACAAGGUUAACUACUGGGGCGUAUCUUAUGGGUCUAUACUGGGCGCAACGUUCGCCGCAAUGUUCCCGGACAAUGUUGGUCGAUUCAUCAUCGACGGUGUUUUCAACUCACAUCAGUGGUAUCAAGGCGACUGGUCAAGCUCCCUGCUCGAUACUGACGAUGCCUUGACGGCCGUUUAUGACGCUUGUGUGGAAGCUGGGCCAUCCCUCUGUGCACUCCACGACAAAAGCUCCGAUCUCAUACGCGCACGCGUCAACAAGCUCAUCGAUUCCCUGCACGUGGCACCGCUCGCCGUGUACGACGACAGCGAUCCUUCGAAUAUCUCGUUCGGCGUCGCGGACUACACUGUGAUCGUCCUGCAGAUCUUCCAGAUGCUGUACACGCCGUUCGCCUCCGGGCAAGUCAUAUUUGAGGCUCUCGCUGCGCUGGAGCAAGGCAACGCCUCGGCGAUAUGGCAAGGGUCUGUGACGAUGGCGAACGACGUCGACCUUGCGACAUGCAACUUCAACGCUUCUCAGCCAUUCGUGGUCGGCUUUCUGGACAUCAGCGCACCGAUUGCCUGUGGUGAUAUCAUUGCAGACGAGGACAGGGUGCGCACGUCUGAUGAGGCGAAGUCGGAUUAUCAGAGGAUGGCGGAUGCGUCUUCGACGUUUGCAACGACAUGGUAUCCACUAUCCGAGGGCAGAUGCGCUCAAUGGCCCAUCAAGGCGAAAGAUGCCUUCAACGGAUCAUUCACUCAGAAUACAAGCACCCCCAUCCUCUUGAUCACCAAUACUCAUGAUCCAGUGACCCCUAUGGUUGGCGCACUGAACAUGUCUUCCGGUUUUACGGGCUCUAUCGUCUUGCAGCAGAACUCCACAGGGCACACUUCCUUGUCCGGCUUCUCGACGUGCACAGCAGAGGCGAUCCACGCCUACUUCGCUAAUGGGACCUUACCAGCCGUCGGCACCCUCUGUCAGACCGAUACGCGGAUCUUCGAGAAUCCUAGCAACUCGAGUGGCUAUACCGGCGUCACCAUUACCCCUUUGAAGCGGUCUGCCGAAGAUUACAGUCUAGGGGAGGCUGCCCGGGCUUUGGCUGGGUCUAACUUCCUGGCCAAGAGUGCCGGCUUCUUUGGGAGACGGUGGUAGAGUAUAUACUGGCCUUAGGGUCAUUAUUAAUUGAGCUCGUCAGUCGUUCCCUGGUAUAGAAUACCUUUGUGUGAGUAC